GCUUUAUAGAUGUAUAUAAUCCCCGAGUUGACCCAGAAAACAAAACUCCUCCUGACUGCCGACACGCCGCAGAGUUUGUAUCCGCCGCAGGGCUGCGUGUAGCCGGAGCAUCAGCUGGAGAAACAACCCCGGCACCGACACAACUUCUCCGUACGGAUUCGACAUUAACACAUCGGGCCAAAGAAGCCAUGGCUGAACACAUGAUGAUGCCCAUGACCCACGGCUUCAGGAUGGGUAUGAAUGGACCUCCGCAGCACAACGGGCAGCCGGGCCUCCGCGCCAUGCCCAACGGCCAGGUGAUGCAUUACGGCAGGAACCCCCAGAACAACAUGGAGGCCGCCAUGAGACAGCGACAGGGCAUGGUGGGACCCGGCGGGAUGACCGGCCCCUUGAACGGAGCUCCCAUGGCCAACCACCACCACCACCAGAUGAUGUCUGGGAACAUGAUGUACAAUGGCCAGGGACCCCAACAACAGCAGCAGCAGCAGCAGCAGCAACACCACCACCACCACAUGCACCCCCAGCAGCAGCAGCAGCAGCAGCAGCAGCAGCAGCAGGGCGGACACCCGCAGCAGUACCUCCCCGGGAACCUCACCUCCCAGCAGCUCAUGGCCAGCAUGCACCUGCAGAAACUCAACACUCAGUAUCACGGACACCCGCUGGUCUCGGCCAACGGCCACCACAUGCCCAACGGGGCUCAGUAUCGGGUGGGCCCCGCCCAGCUGUCGGGCAUGCAGCACAUCGGCGGCCCCCUGGGGCCGAGCGGCAUGGACAUGGACCUGAUUGACGAGGAGGUUCUGACUUCGCUGGUGCUGGAGUUUGGGUUGGAUCGCGUUCAGGAGCUGCCGGAGCUGCGCCUGGGACAAAAUGAGUUCGACUUCAUGUCGGACUUUGUGUGCAAACAGCAGCCGAGCACGGUGAGCUGCUGAGGGGGGGAAGCGUCCGCAAUCUGGUCGCGUUUAUUUGGGCUGGACAACCCCCCCCCUCCUCCUCUCCCCCCUCCCUCCCCCCUCACCACCCAAAGAAUGACUGAGCGGUAAAAGUAGCACAGCGAGAGGAGACAAUCUCUCUGUUCUGUUUUGUGUGUGUGUGUGCGUGUGUUUGACAGUGACUCGUGCGCCUUCACACUGACUUGCCUGCGAGUUGAAGAUGAUGAUGAUGAAGAAUUGUAGGGAGAGAAAAAAAACGCCGCACCAAGCGCACCAGGCUUCUUCCUCUUUGAGCCGGUGCCAGGAAGAUCUUUUGGCCAAAUUGAGGCAUCCUGAUGCAGCGGGCUCCGUCUCUACCCAUCUGGCCCUCAGCACAUGUGCCUGCAUCGCCAAGGCUUUGGGAUCUUUGUUAACUGAACAAACAACAGCAACCGGGGGGUGGAGGAGGAGGAGGAGGAGAGGCCUGGAGAGACCCAUCCAUCUGAGUCUGCUGGAUUCUGUGGCAUCACUUGAUGUAUUGUAUCUCUGACACCCUCAAAUAGUAGCGGACGUUUUUUACAAAUUCAUAAAAGCGAGUCCCCUGAAUUCGUUUGUGUCACGAUGAAGGGAUUAGGAACCGAUAUCUUUUUUUUUUCUCGCGUGCGUUUGAAGGCUGGCUCUUCAAAAACCCGAGUUCCUACAAAAAAGAAGCAAACGAAGAGCGGAAAGAGCGAGUUGGUGCAGCAUUCCUGGGUGACGCGAAGCCGAUUACCUCGGAUUAGUUGGGUGAAAUGGGCUCCAUUGAUUAUUUAGCUUUCAGUGUCAUUCACCUGACUCCGAUUUAAUCUGCAGCCAUUAAAUGUCUCACAUCUGUUCCCCCCCCGCUAAUUAACUGUGAUUGAAUCAGCACAGUAGCGCGUUGCUCCAAGUGUCUGCUUCAACAAAGCAUUCAUCUUCAGAAGAUGGCCUAUGAAAUCUGUCCGCUGCGAGGCAUUUUACACGUUUGGGUUGCUGCUUGGUAGAAAUGCAUUGAAGCGCUGGGGAGGAGGAGGAGGAGGAGGAGGCUUGUUGGUCCACGAGGAACGCCAUCACUGUGGCCUGUUGCCGAGUUCCCGAGUCCCAAGAAAAUAAGCGUGAUUGCGUAAUUUUUAUCCGAGGGUUGCGUGGGGGGGGGGAAAAAGGGGCGGGUUGGGGGGGGGGAUUGUGAUGAGUGGACACAAUGUGUGGACACGGCACUCCCCGGCAGCACUUAGUUUAAUCAUUAUUCAAAUCCGCUACCUGUGGAAUUGAUUCCAUUGGGCAGGAGGAGGCUAGCGGGGGGAAGCACACAGCGUUUUUUUUUUUUUGGCCAUAGAUCAGCCUGCUCUGCUGCUCCUCCACCAAUUAGACAUAAACGACAUGUUCUCACGCGCUUGUCUUAAUUGAGGUCGGCUUGCACAUCCUCCAAUGACUCAAUAAUUAUAAAACCGACAUAUUCUUCUAUCGGGCUUUUUUUUUUUUUUUGCCGCAGUUGGUAAUUAGGUUUUUUUUUUUUUGGUCAAGGUUGCUGCUCUGCUCGCUGCAGGCGGGUUGAGAGAGAAUCUCCUGCACUCCCAGUGCUAUUUGUGGAGCUGUCAGAGGGGUCAGGACUGCGCUGGUGCACUGUGUUAAUCUGCUCCAAUGCAACUGUGCCGCUGUCCCGUCCCCCCCCUCCCCCCCCCCCCCCCACCCAGUCUCUCUGGAGAUCUGCCAUCUCCGAGCUCUCGAGUCAAACAAUGGGCAUUGAAAAGCCUUUGUAAAGGCAGAGAAGUGCCAGCGAGUUCACGCACUGUUUCCCUUUCUGCCUGACGACAUUUUUUUUUUUUUUUUGGCCAGACCAAUUUUACAAGCUCCCCAGUUGAAAUGGAAAUACUUUUGGCCUUAGCGAGACAGUGGCCUCUGAUUACUGCUACGUCGAUUUAAGCGCAGCCUUCUUGUGUAUUGUAUCUUUGUACUGUAGACUAGAGGUGAAUUAAGGUACUUUUUAAAGAAAAAAACAUUGUCAGAUGUAAAUGUAAAUCGGUGGCUGAUUUUUAUUUUGAUGUGGUGACAAGAGAUUAUAUCCUACAUUUUUACAAAUGAGUGUGUAGAUUCAGUAUGAGAAUACCAAUGUUUUUUUUUUUGUUUUUGUUUUGGGGUGCAGGGCCUGAAGCUUUAAGACCAAGUGCACUGCAUGUUAAAGCGAGCGUGAGGGAUGCCACCCCCUUUCAUACAAAGCAGCCGAGAAUGUACAGUACAACACAUUGUGGGAACUUGUCUUAAGAUGGUAGAUAAACGUGUGAGAUUG